AUGGCAACCGCGCUGGUGGCUGUAUGUUAUUUCUUCCUUGUGGUAUGCAUGAUAGGUCACGCUGCACCUCUUUUGGGACACCCUGUAGAUACAUACCACCAAUGGGGCGCAGGCGAUGGAUACGUACACCGAACCUACGUCGUCAACAAAGCGGACCCUUACUCGGACAAGGAUCUCCAGCUCGGCGUCGCGGCUAACGGUUUGCUGCUCGAGCAUCCACUAGCGCCAGCCCCGGCGCAAGGCCGUCUGCCUGACGAGGAAGAGAGUGACUUCGUGGAGGUCACCCAUCCCGUCUCCUCGGCCCACCGCCGCCAAUACCUCAAUUUGUCGCAGCUGUACUUUGGCUCGAACGCUUGGGGCGUAGGGAUCUUAAACAACGUCAACUAG